ACUUGGUUGCCAGUUCCAUUAAGCUUUGCUUCUAAACAAACUUCUUUCUUUAUUCUUUUACAAUUUUACCACUAAAUCAAGAGAUAGUCGUUGGCAAUCAGGCAAUUGCAUCUACCUCUCAACCAAACCAAUAAUUGCAUUGGCAAAAUAUCUCCCACUCAUUCGGCGGUGACUUGACUGAUCCAGUUCUCUUCCUGGAAGAGUCUUCCAUUGCCUUUUCUUCUUUUCUUGGUAGUUUCGCUUCAUCUUACAGGAAAAACUGUGAUCAGUGCACCUACCGAGAGCCUCGUCCUCUUCUGCCCCUUCUUCAUUUCACCAGCAGUCAAACAACAACCGUUCCUGCUUUUUCCACCCGUUCAUACUUCAUACACAUACAAUCUGUUUCUGCUUUUUCCACUUUACCUUCUCUUCUUCUCCUUUUCUUGGUAGUUUCGUUUCAUCUUACACGCCUUUGACUUCACACUGACGUUGAUCGAAGCUCCCAGGAAACUGUGAUCAAGCAGUGUACCUAUAUUUGAGCUGUGCUCCUUUUCAGUUCUUCUUCCUCUUCCGCUCCUUCUUCAUUCCAUCAGCGAGGUGAGCGUGAAAUCAAACAAAAAGCUAGAUUCAAUGGCCAUCCAAUUGAGAGCUUCUUCUUCUCUCUCCUCUGCUUCUUCCACCGGUUCCUGGAGACAUGAUGUGUUUCUGAGUUUUAGAGGCGAGGAUACACGCUACAAUUUUACAGAUCAUUUGCACAGAAAUUUGGUUCGAAGGGGGAUCAACACUUUCAUAGAUGAUCAUCUUACACGAGGAGAGACAAUAUCACAAGCACUUCUCCAAGCCAUUGAAGGAUCAAAGCUCUCUCUCAUUGUGUUCUCUGAAAACUAUGCAUCCUCAAAGUGGUGUUUGGAUGAACUGGUUCAUAUCCUUGAAUGUAGAAGAUCAAAGAACCAAAUGGUUCGGCCAAUCUUUUACAAAGUGGAUCCAUCGGACGUGAGACACCAAAGAGGCACAUUUAGUAAGGCCCUUGCAGAGCAUGAGCGCCGAUACAAAGAUGACGAGAACAAGGUGUUAAGAUGGAGAGCAGCUCUUUCAAAAGCAGCAAAUUUAUCUGGGUGGCAUUUCCCGGGCGGGUAUGAAUCUAAAUUUAUUGAUGAAAUCAUUGAAGAUAUUUCUGCACAAGUAAUAAAACAAACCCCUUUGAAUGUGGCAAAGUUUCCAGUCGGGAUAGAAUCUCGUGUACAAUAUAUGCUUGAACUCUUAGAUGUUGGAAGAAGUGAUAUACGCAUGGUUGGGAUAUGGGGAACCGGAGGAAUAGGGAAGACAACAAUUGCUAAAGCUGUUUACAAUUCAAUUGCUAAUGAGUUUGAAGAUAGUUGCUUUUUGGCAAAUGUUAGAGAAUGUUCAGUGCCGCAUGAGGGUCUAGUCAACCUACAAAACAAUAUUCUUUUUAAGAUUUUAGGGGGCACAGAAUUGAAAGUAAUGAAUGCUGAUCAAGGAAUUACUUUGUUGAGCGAAAGGUUGAGAUAUAAGAGGAUUCUUUUAGUUCUUGAUGAUGUGGAUCAAUUGGACCAGUUAGAGAAAUUAGCUGGGGGACCAGAUUGGUUUCACAGCGGCAGUAGAGUUAUCAUAACAACAAGAGAUAAGCAUUUGCUGAUUGCUCAUCAAGUGAAUCAAAUAUACAACGUCCGGAGACUAGAUUGUGAUGAAGCUCGUGAGCUCUUCUGUGCAAAUGCCUUGAUGACUGAUAGAAAUAUGGAUAACGGAGAAAAACUCGCAGUUAAUACUAUUGUUAAAUAUGCUCAAGGCCUUCCAUUAGCGCUGAAAGUUUUAGGUUCACAUCUGUGCAGUAAACCUAUACAUCAGUGGCAAGCUUUAUUAGAUGGUCAUAGAAGAAUUCCUCUUCAAGGCAUUCAAAAGAUUCUCAAAAUCAGUUACGAUUCACUGGAAGAACCAGAGAGAGAAAUAUUCCUUCACAUUGCAUGCUUCUUCAAAUAUAGAUAUAAGAACGAUGUGAUAGGUUUAUUAGAAGGUUGUGGUUACAGACACCCUACGUCUAGUAUUGAAGUUCUUGAAAAAAAGGCCCUCCUAAAUAUUGAAGAUGCUUAUAUUUUCAUGCAUGAUUUGCUAGAAGACAUGGGGAAAAAAAUAGUUCAUGAAGAGUCGCCUAAAGAGCCUGGUCGGCGCAGCAGAUUGUGGUAUCACAAUGAUGUUCUCCAAGUUCUAACAGAGAACACAGGAACAAGUAAAAUUGAAGGUAUAAUGAUAAAGAUGCCUACAACUGAUGAGAUACGCUUGAGUCCUAAAUGCUUCAAAAAGAUGACAAAUCUUAAAAUUUUUAUAAACGUCAAUGGACGGUUAUGUGGAAAGGUUGAUUAUUAUCCGAAUCAGUUGCGGGUACUUGAUUGGCGUGACUGUCCGGUAACAUCUUUGCCCUCCUAUUUUAAUUUGAAGAAUUUGGUUCAACUUAUUAUCCCUUGGAGCUGCAUUCCACGUUUUGGAGAAGUAUUCAAGAGAAUGCAAAAUCUGAAAUCCUUAAAUUUGAGUGGAUGUAAAUUCCUAGCACAAAGCCCAGACCUGUCUGGAAGCCCAAACUUAGAGUUCCUGGAUCUAAGCAGGUGUGAAAGUUUAAAGAAGGUUCACCCUUCGGUUGGAUCCCUCAAAAAGCUUGUUGACCUGAAUCUUUACAGAUGCUCUAACCUUGAGAGGCUACCUGGAAAAGUCAACUGGAGAUCCCUCCGAUCCAUUCAUCUCGACGACUGCACAAGGCUGGAGAGUUUCCCUGAAAUUGAGGGAGAGAUGAAAUACAUGACACGCUUGAUGCUAUACAACACUGGCAUCAAAGCAUUGCCUUCAUCCAUUGGAUAUCUAAUUAACCUUGAACAGUUGGAGAUACAAGAUUGUGGAAACCUCACAGAUCUACCCUGCAGCAUUUAUGAAUUGCAGAAGUUAUGGAGGGUUUAUUUGUGGAAGUGCCCAAAACUCGUAAGAUUCCCAAAUAAGGUGGAGUCUGAAGUGCUUCCAACUUACUCAAAGGUUCCACCUAUUUCUUUAUCGAAAAGAAAUAGGUGGCUUCCAGGCAGUUCAUUGGAGCCAGAGCCAGACACUGAAUUCAAUUCGGCGCUUCCUUGUCUAUUUUCCUUCUGGGCGAGUGGAUGCAAUUUGUCUAAUAUUGAUUUCCUCGCGUCCCUUGAUUGUGCAUCCACUUUAUAUGAACUUGAUUUAUCAGAAAGCCCCAUUGUUAUCCUUCCCGAAUGCAUCAUCAACAAAUUUGUCAACUUGAGGGGUCUCAAUUUGAUCGGCUGCAUGAGGCUCGUAGAAAUUCCAGAGCUUCCACCGAGUAUUAGAUGGUUGGAUGUGAGGGAUUGCGUAUCAUUGGAAAGAAUUUCGAAGUUGUCAAACAUUUUGGAGCGUAAAGAAUCACAAAUAAUGAUUGAGGAGAUGGACUUGACUAAUUGCUGGAGACUCUGUCAAAAUUUGGUUGAGAUGGCAAACAAGGAUGAUGAUGAUGAAGUGCACGCUGAUCUCUUCUCUCGACUCCUAUCUUCUCAGCAAUCCAAAUUCACAAUUAAAUUUCCAGUUCCAAGAAGCGAGGUUCCAAAGUGGUUCAGCUGUCAAAUGGAUUUCAUGGGGCAUCGACGGUUUGAAUUUUAUAUCGAAACACUUGCAAAUUUCAAAUGGGACAACGCAGGAUUGGCUCUCUGUGUUGCUGUUGAUCAAAACCUGCAAGAUCCUUGGACUGGUUUUACAGUCUAUAUUCACAUCAAUGAAGUAAGUGUUUCAACUCUCGGCACACAGUGGGUUGAUUCAGGAGAGUCGGAUCAUGUGUGGCUGCACUAUGUUCCCUUCCUUGAAAUGUGGCGAUUUGGUUAUAUGCGUCCAUUGCCCCCUUUUACGUGUCGAGUCAUUAUUUAUCAAUAUAAGGUCUCUAAGUCCUCCAUAAAAAGCUGUGGUGUCCACCUUGUAAUGCCACCCAAUGAAGACGUUACUAUGAAGCUAAUCCGUGCAGAGAACCUCACCAGUGAACUUUCCGAUGAUGAAAUUGGAAAGGUAUCGUUUCCUUUUGUGAAAAUUUGAACGGAGAACAAAAAUUGCUAUUGCAGGACCCCUGGGACAAUUAUCGUCCCAAACAGAGGACUGACAGCAAAGAAUUAUAUACUGAUGCACAACUGGAGAACGAAAAGCUGUAAUUAUUACUGAUGCAGCAUAGCAUUGUCUAUGGACCAGUGUUACGAAUACAGGAAAAUAUAGUUCCCUCUUCUGGAAACAUACACUGUUCCAAUAUGCAUACAACUUUACCAGCUCAUCAGUUGAUAUUUUGCAUUUUCAUAUUCAUUGGCAGUCUUAUUCUAAGCUACAAAGGUUUAAAUAACAAGCAGAUGGGAUAUCAGAAGAAAGGUCUUCCAAAAGGUGAAGCACCACCUUGCCUACACAAGCUCGACUUUACAAAGGGACAUCGUUGUGGUAUAUAUAAAUCAAAUUUCUGCCAGUGGCUUAUUGCAAUGGACAUAAUACUGUAUUUCAGAUAUAUGCAUAUCAUGCAAGACACUUGAAUGAAGAAGCUCUGUCGGUCAAUGUGAAAGUGGUUGGGAAGAAGGUACCACCAUUUUCAUUUGAGCAAUAGCAACAACCCAUUGAAUCUCAGAGCUCAAUGACUGGCGGGUUCAACAAUCAGAAACUGCGGUCUCAAUCCUGUAAGUGAAGUCCCCAAUCAAAUUGCCCCCAGUGGAGGUAAUAAUAAUACUGUAUUUCUUUUCUUUGUUUCAUAUUUGAGCAUAUUAUGCAAGACACUUGAUUGGAGAAGAGGUAUUGUUGAGAGCCGAUUUUGUGACUGGUUGAAGUAUUGAAUAAAUCAAACUGAAUAUAUUGGGGCUGAAUCUUACUAGAAAAAAUGUGACCUUUUAGUCUUAUGCUUAAUGUUUGAUGUUUACAGGCAUGUAACAGCCAUGCCAUUACAUAUAUUCCCAGUUUAUGUCACCCUCGGUGCUAAUGCAGUUGACUUCAUCAUCAACCAUGCUGAAGUUUCAAUAGCUUUUGUUCAAGAGAACAAACUCCCUGCUCAAUUGUCAGCUUCACAAAUGUUUCUAGCACUCAAAGGCAGAAGAACUAGGCGUAUCUUGCUUUUCGUGGGAGGAAUUCUUUCAGUUGAGAAAUUCAGAUUGUGAAGUACCUCCAAAACAUAGGACUGCUGUUGCACAAUAAUUUAUACAUGUGGAACAACUGGAGAACCAAAAGGUGUAAUUGUUACUAAUGCAACAUUAAAGUCAGAGGACUAAUGGAAAGUUAUCAUCCCGAACAGUGGACUGACUGCAAAGUAAUAUAUACUGACGCACAACUGGAGAAUGAAAAGCUGUAAUUAGUACUAGUGCAGCAAUAUUGGUAAAGCAUUGUGUAUGGAUCAAUGUGACGAAUAAGGUAUUGAGUAUAGUUUCCUCCGGUGGAACCAUAGCCAGCUCAUCAGUUGAAACUUUGCAUUUGCAUUUUCAUUGGCAGUAGUCUUAUGACUACUGAAAGGUUUAAAUAACAAGAAGUUGGGAUAUCUGAAGUAGUGUCUUCCAAAAGACGAAGCACAAGCUUGGCUUUAAAAAGCACAUUGUAUGGGCUAUCUAUCCGGAGGCGAUAUUGGAGAAUGGCAGCCUAAUGGAGCAAUGAAAGUUAUAGACAGGAAAAAGAACAUAUUUAAACUGUCUCAAGGUGAAUAUGUUGCUGUGGAAAGAAUUGAAAGCAAAUACUUGCAAUGCCCCCUUAUCACAUCGAUAUGGGUUUAUGGAAACACCUUCAAGUCAUUUCUUGUUGCUUGGUUGUUCCUGACAGAAAGGCCUUGCAGGACUGGGCAGCUGAGCAUCAUUUGACUGAUGACUACAAAUCAUUGUGUCAAAACCUGAAGGCAGGAAAAUACAUUUUGGAUGAGCUCAAUGAGCAGCUCAAUAGCACAUCUUAGAAACAGCAAGUGUGUGGUCCAUCGCUGUUGCUAAAUUUAUGCUAUGUUGAUUGAUUAGUCAUCCGACUUAAAACACAUUUACAUUGCAGCUUCGAGGGUUUGAGUUGUUAAAAGCAGUUCAUUUGGAAGCUAACCCCUUUGACAUACAGAGGGAUCUCAUGACUCCAACUGUCAUUGGAUUCUUCAUUUGAAUGACAUGUUGACUAUUUAUGUAUUUUAUAUGGAUGUGAAAUAGCCAAUUAUCAGUUUUGGGUUA